AUGUCCAGGAAGAAGAUUCCCAGGAGCAAGGGGGCCAGCGCCCCCGCCACCAAUGGUCCCCGGCCAGCGCGCCCCGGGACUGUGCGCCCGGGCUCCGAGGCGCCACCCAAUGGGCCACCGCAGUCCGGCCGGCCCUCGCUGGGCGGUGGCGGCGACUUCUACGACGUCGCAUUCAAGGUGAUGUUAGUGGGAGACUCGGGCGUGGGGAAGACCUGCCUGCUGGUGCGCUUCAAGGAUGGGGCCUUCCUGGCAGGGACCUUCAUCUCCACCGUGGGCAUCGACUUCCGGAACAAAAUUCUGGAUGUGGACGGCAUGAAGGUGAAGCUUCAGAUGUGGGACACAGCUGGUCAGGAGCGGUUCCGCAGUGUUACCCAUGCCUACUACCGCGAUGCUCAUGCCCUGCUGCUGCUCUAUGAUGUCACCAACAAGGCCUCCUUUGACAACAUCCAGGACUGGCUGAGUGAGAUCCAGGAGCAUGCCCAGCGAAACGUGGUGCUCAUGCUGCUGGGGAACAAGGUGGACUCUAGCCACGAGCGAGAGGUGAAGAGGGAGGACGGUGAGAAGCUGGCCAAGGAGUAUGGGUUGCCCUUCAUGGAGACCAGUGCCAAGACCGGCCUCAAUGUGGACUUGGCCUUCACAGCCAUAGCAAAGGAAUUGAAGCAGCGGACCACUAAGACCCCCAAUGAGCCCCGUUUCCGACUGCACGACUAUGUCGAGAGGGAGGGUCGUGGGGGCUCAUGCUGCCGCCUCUGACUUGAAC